GCGCAAACCAAACGGCCCCUGGGAAGUGGAAAUAAACUGAGUUUGAAGCAGGCUGGCUUCCUCUUGUUCUUGACCCGAAAUUAACUUUACUUUUCGGGAGUAGGGUUUCGGAAUUACAUUUGCAAAAUGGAAGAACAACUUCAAAAUCAACACCAAUCCGAUGCGGAAAAUCAAGAGCUAGGGCUUGAGCUUCAAUCGCUCACAAAUCAAUCGCUUUCCCCGGAUCCCAAUCCCCAAAACCCUCCUCAAAGCCCUCCACUGUUGUCUGAAGAUGAUGAUGAUGACGACGACUAUGAUGAGAAGGCCAUGCGAGCCAUCUCCGAUGAGCUUCAGGACUUGGUGGUGACCCAGGCGUAUCUCGAUCGCGACAGAAACCAGAGCUACGGGGGAUCAGAAAAAUCUGUCGGUGACGAUGAUGGUUAUGGGCAUGCGUAUGGUGAUCAUGAUGGAUAUGAUGUUUAUGGUGAUGAUGAUAGGAGCGGAGGUUGGGCUGAGAGUGGGGAUAGGGGUGAUAGAGUUUUUAAGGAAGGAGACACGGGAGGAGGUGAUGAUGGGUUUAAUGCUAGCAAUGGUCGGAAGUUCGUUUUCCACUAUCCUUUGAGACCCGACGCCGAGGACUGUUCCUAUUACAUGAAAACUGGGAACUGCAAAUUUGGGUUUCAUUGCAAGUUCAAUCACCCCAGAAGAAAAACUCAGUGGCCUAAAGAUAAGGGAACUUUGAAAGAAGAAAACCAGGAAAGAGGAGCAGUUCAGACGGAAUGCAAGUUUUACCUAACGUCAGCUGGAUGCAAGUUUGGGAAAAGUUGCAAAUACAACCAUAGCAGGGAAAAGGUUCCAGCGUCACCUAUUCAAGAGUUUAACUUUCUUGGCCUGCCUCUGCGACCGGGAGAAAAGGAGUGCCCAUACUAUAUGCGUACUGGCUCAUGCAAGUAUGGAUCCAACUGCAGAUUUCAUCAUCCUGAGCCCACCAUAAUGGCUGGAGAGGACUCUUCUUCUGGAUAUAGCAAGGGAAGAUCUAUUCCAAUGCAAGGUUCAUCUCAGUCAACUGUGACUUCUUGGUCUUCAUCCAGACCAACAAACGAGACAACUUCUUAUGUUCCUCCUAUGAUGUAUCCACCAACUCAAAGCAUUCCUUCUCCCACUCCAGAAUGGAAUAAUUAUCAGGCUCCUGUCUACCAAGCAUCAGAGAAGAGCCUCCCUACACCUCCAGCAUUUGCUAUGAGCAAUUCUGGAACGGAAAAGUUCAAUCCACGACAUUCUCUGCCUCUGCUGGGUGAAGAUUAUCCUGAACGACCUGGUCAACCUGAAUGCAGUUACUUCAUUAAAACUGGUGACUGUAAAUAUAAAUCUAAUUGCAAGUUUCAUCAUCCAAAGACUCAAUUGACGAGGACCCAAACACUUCUUAAUGACAAGGGCCUGCCUCUAAGACCUGAUCAAGCCAUCUGCUCGUAUUACAGCCGAUAUGGCAUUUGCAAGUUUGGACCAAACUGUAAAUUCGACCAUCCAGAUAAUUACAGCCAUUCCCCAUCUUCUGGUUGGUCGGAAUUUGAUCAGCCUCCCUUCGGUAACCCAGACAGCACAAACGGGGCUAGGGUGGUGAGGAAAGGAAGCGGGAGCGGAUCUUUAGUACAACAGUCCGUCUAAAGUCGAUUCAGAGUACUAGGCCGGGUUUAUUGUUUAAACCAUCAAAAGCUAAAGGUUGGGCCGGUGAAAUUCUGUUUAUUAUGCUUAGCAGCUGUCAGGUAUAGAGGAGGUUUGCAGUAAUUUUAUAAUGUUGCAUCUUUGAAAAAGUGCAAGCGAAAUAGGAUUUUUGUAAAUUAAGAAUACACACAGCAUGCAAUGCUUGUCUUGGAAGAUACAAACACUUUGCUGUUGCCUUGUUUCCUUUCCAUUGUAUUGUUAUUUAUUAUGGAUUAUGGAUUUAGGUUAUGGUUUAUACUA